AUGCAAUCAUCAACUUCCCUAUCUUCAAUAGCUUCUACAGUAUCAAGCAAGUCAUCAACAUAUACCUCUCGAACAAUUCUCGAAGCGAAAGAUUUACAUUCAGCUGCACCUCGAUGUCGAUCAUCAAUUAUAGCUUUUCUUGAAGAUGAUCAAACUGUUUUUACACGACCGCCACCUCCUCCUCCACCACGUCGUCGAUCACAACUUCCGUCAAAUAAUAAAUCCAUGUCGAAAUGUCGUCAUCUCUUUCGUACCUGUCUUUCUUCGAUUUCAUCACCUUUCUCGUUACCUAUUCAAGCAAAACUCUCAGAUUCAACUAUUCAAAAACAAUAUUUUGCUAAAUUAUGUCAUCAUUAUCGAUUACUUCUUGUUCUCAAUGAUUAUGAAUGUAAAUGUGGUUGUCGUU